UGUCAUAAUCCAAUUCAGUCCAGAUAAUUUACAUGUCAAAGAUCUUCAGUGUAAUCGAAAGGCUUGUGACAAACACCACAUUGAGAUCAGCUAUGACUGGUUGGGGUCUGAGAGGACAACAUAAACACAAAAACACAAUAUAAGUUAUAAAGGUAGAUUUGUGACUGUAGCAGUGACAGAAAUGGAUGGAAAAACCAAACAGGAAGUGGAAGAGCACUCAAUCACAGAGCAUUCGUCAUAAAACAAACAUGUUGGUAACUGGCGACCUGCAGCCUAUAGGGUGGAGCCUUCCCCGCCUUCGCCUAACAGCAUCUGGUAUAGACUCCAGCGACUCUGACCAGGACUGAGCGAGUUUGGAAAAUGCAUGGAUAGAUAAAGCAAAAAUAAAAGAACAACUCAAGUUAAUUUUCCUAAAAAAAUGGUGAAGACAAAAGAAAAUGACUGACAAAAUUACAACAAAAGACAAAUUCAAAAUACUUAAAGAGAUGUUAAAAUACUUGUAACGAAUAAUGUUUUUCAUUAUGUUUCCUAUUAUGCAAUGUAAUAUUUGUAAAGUGACAAAAAAGAAAAAAAAAUAGUUUUGUGGUGUCCUCCUCAAAAAUGUUGUAAAAUGUGAAAAUGCACAGCCUUUUUACUGCGGCGCUGUUUAUUGCCCAGAACCACUUAACUUCCACUUGACUUGAAAAAAGGGUUCAAAGGUUUCUCCUCAUGUAAGGUUGCUCAUGUAAGUCGUUGACAUUUCUCUGAUCUGCAGUUCACAGAACAAGCAGCCAUGUCAGCCGCUACCGAGCCCCCCACACACAACUUAAGCAGCAGGGAGCGAUGUCCAAAGGCUGCCGGGUUGGAGAGUUUGGAACAUUUGGUGCAAUCAGCAGAAGAAACACCAGAGCCAAUUCCCACUACAAUCAAAGGAUGUAUUCCAACUUGGAUCAAUGGAAGCUUCCUGAGAAAUGGCCCUGGAAAAUUUGAAUUUGGAGAAGACAAAUACGUCCACUGGUUCGACGGCAUGGCCAUGAUGCACAGGUUUCACAUCCACAAUGCCUCAGUCACUUACAGCAGCCGUUUUCUAAGAAGUGACUCAUAUGUCCAGAACUUGGAGAAGAACCGCAUUGUGGUGUCAGAGUUUGGAACAGUAGCCUCCCCUGACCCCUGCAAGAGCAUCUUUGCACGCUUCUUCUCAUAUUUUCAAGCUCCACAGCCCACGGAUAAUGCCAACGUACACUUUGUCAAGUACAAGGGGGACUAUUACGUCAGCACAGAGACAAACUACAUGAGAAGAGUUGAUCCGCAAAGCCUGGAAACGAAAGAGAAGGUGGACUGGAGUCAGUACAUUGCCGUCAACGCAGCAACAGCUCACCCGCACUACGACCGUGACAGGGCCUCGUACAACAUGGGGAAUUCUUAUGGGAGAAACGGUUUUUUCUACAACAUUAUCCGUGUCCCCCCUCCUCCUGAGGGCAAGUCCGCAUUGGAGGACUCUGCAGACCUGAGUGGAGCUGAAGUGAUAUGCUCGAUUCCUGCAGAUGAGCCCAGAAAACCUUCCUAUUAUCACAGCUUUGUCAUGUCGGAGAACUACAUUGUGUUUAUUGAGCAGCCGAUCAAGUUAAACUUGCUGAAGUUCAUGCUGUACAAAAUACAAGGGAAGAGCUUUCACAACAUCCUGUCCUGGGAGCCUCAGUACGGCACCGUCUUCCACCUGGUGGACCGGCGCACAGGGAAGAAAAGUCCAGUGAAAUACAGGGCAGCACCAAUGUUCACAUUACAUCAGAUCAAUGCUUAUGAGGACAAUGGGUUCCUGAUCAUGGACAUGUGCUGCGGGGACGACGGCGUGGUCAUCGGAGAGUUCACGCUGGAGAAUCUGCGGCGUGAAUCAGGAGAGGCGAUGGAUGAGUUCUACAACUCCUUGUGCAGAAACCUCCCAAGGAGAUAUGUCCUGCCCCUGAAUGUGGAUGAAAACACUCCUUUGGACAAAAAUCUCAUCACUCUGCAUGAUUGUAAAGCCACAGCAAUGAAGACAAACCCCGAGGAGGUGUACAUGACACACGAGGAGCUUCACGACGACCAGCUGCUGCAGUACGGCGGCCUGGAAUUCCCUCAGAUCAAUUACCCCGAAUACAACGGCCGGCCUUACCGCUACCUGUACGCGUGCGGCUUCGGGCACGUUUUCGCCGACUCUCUGCUCAAGAUGGACGUCCACACCAAGGAGCUUAAGGUGUGGCGUUAUCCUGGCUUGUACCCGUCUGAGCCUGUCUUUGUUGCUUCGCCCAGAGCUGCAGAGGAAGAUGAUGGAGUGGUUUUGUCAGUCGUUGUCACUCCUAGAAAGGAGAGAAGCACUUUUCUACUCAUUCUGGAUGCCAGGACCUUCACUGAGCUGGGCAGAGCUGAGGUUCCUGUCAACAUCCCAUGUGGCACCCAUGGAGUGUUUAACGACAUGAGCUAACCAACACCCCGCCAUUUCAUCCACUGGAUGCCAUUACUUGUAACGUCCUCCCCUUGUCAUAUAAAGCUGAGGAUAUGAUUUAAGAGUUGGGAAAAACUGCAGACUCCUUUUUUCUGCGCCUCUUGUAUAGCAGUUGAUAGAUUUCUUUAGUGGCCUUUCUUUUUUGGCAAAAAUAAGACUAUCUGUUGAGCAAAAAUCCCAUCACUGCAUCACUGCCAAAAGUUUUUACUACAGCAUCCUGCAUGAAAUAUGCUUUACGGCUGCAGGUUGAUUGCACAUUCUUUAAAAGAUUUUUAUGUUAGGUGAAACGCAAUGUUUUUAAAAUCAAUAAACACAUUAAAUAAAAAUGUAUUUUCCCUUUUUAUUUUUC